UUAUUACAACAGCCGGGUAUUACAUUUAAUCACGCACUACUAUUGUGUGUAAUAAUUUAUAAUGGCAACACUCCGAUUCUUCUCCAGACAGACGUUACUCAAGCCAAUUCGGAGAUCUCUGAGCAUUACCAAGCAAAGCUUAUCAACAUUCAACAAACCUAUAGACGGUUUUGAGCUACCACGUUCUGGAGGCAUUGCCACCAUGUUUCGUUUGCCUUGCCAGACAACUGCAGCAGGACUGAAUGCUUGCUUUGUGGGUAUACCAUUUGAUGGUGCAACUUCUAUUCGCUCAGGUACUCGAGCGGGUCCACGCCAAAUACGUUGUGAGUCUACAAGUGUAAAGCCAUGCAAUGUUCCAACUGGAGCUGUUCCGUAUGAGUCCAUACAAGUGGCAGACAUUGGAGAUAUUGCUGUCAAUCCAUAUAACAUCUCAGAAAGCAUGCAAAUCAUUGAAUCUCACUUUAGUGAGAUUAUAAAAGAUGGAUGUGUUUCACUGACACUGGGUGGAGACCAUCUUAUUACUCUGCCGAUUCUCAGAGCUUUCAAAGCAAAAUAUGGUCGAGUUGCUGUCGUUCAUGUUGAUGCCCAUUCUGAUACGCAUGAGUCACCUCUUGGGCUCUAUCACGGGUCAACGUUUAGAUCGGCAGCAGAAGAAGGUCUUAUAAUGAACGACAUGGUUUGGCAGAUUGGAUUGCGAGGAUCUGGAUAUCGAAGUAGUGACUACAGUUGGGGAAAAGAUAAGGGGUUUAAGGUCAUAGAGGCAGCUGACUUGCUUUUUAAGUCAUUGAAGCCGCUGAUGGAAGACAUCAGAAAGUCAGUUGGAGAUCAUCCAACAUACAUUUCUUUUGACAUUGAUGCUCUUGAUCCAGCAUUUGCUCCAGGAACGGGUACUCUUGAGAUUGGUGGUCUGACAUCAGGACAAGCCUUGGAAAUUGUUCGAGGAUGUCGUGGUUUGAACAUUGUCGGUUGUGACCUUGUUGAAGUGUCUCCACCAUUUGAUCCUCAAGGGACAACUGCUUUGGUCGCUGCACAACUUUUGUUUGAAAUGCUUUGUGUUUUGCCAGGAGUCAAGUAUAGCAAAUAGGUUUGUUGCGGAACAUGGCAUUAUUUGUCAGUUGAAUUUUGAUUGUGAUAAAUGAAAUUGCUUCAUAGUAAACAGUUACCAAAUGUAUUUUUUGCAUAGAAUCUUGUUCUAAUGACCCUAUAGUGUGCCGUCACCAAA